AUGGCGACCAAGACAUCUUCACUAACACUUUUCGUCUCUAUUCUUCUCUUCAUCGGAGCUAUUUUCUCCACCCACUUCCUAUACUCUCCAUUCGACAAUUCCACCACAGGAUAUUCUCCACGAAAGACAAUAUUAACCCCCGUAACACGCCACAAUCGCCCUGAUGCAACCCCAGCAGUCUCAAAACAGCCCCUGAAGAAACUGGAAAUCCAACUUAAUUGUACACUUGGGAAUCUUACAAGAACUUGCCCUGCAUCUUACUACCCGUUAAAGUUCACCGAACAAAAUGAAGCCUCUACAUCAUCUCCUCUGCCACCUACAUGUCCAGAUUACUUCCGUUGGAUCUACGAUGACCUAUGGCAUUGGAGAGAAACAGGAAUCACCAAAGAAAUGGUGAUGAGAGCCAAAAGGACAGCAGAUUUUCGGUUGGUGAUAGUGAAUGGAAGAGCAUAUGUUGAAACCUAUCAUAAGGCAUUUCAAAGUAGAGACACAUUUACAUUAUGGGGCAUUUUACAAAUGUUACGUAGGUACCCUGGUAAAGUACCUGAUUUGGACCUGAUGUUCGACUGCGUUGACUGGCCAGUUCUUAAGACUGAAUUCUAUCGACACCCUAAGGCCCCUGCUCCUCCACCUCUGUUCCGAUACUGCGGGAAUGAUAGCAGUUUGGAUAUUGUUUUUCCAGACUGGUCAUUCUGGGGAUGGCCAGAGAUUAAUAUAAAGCCGUGGGAGACUUUGUCGAAGGACUUAAAGAAAGGGAAUGAGAAGAUGAAAUGGACUGACAGGGAACCAUAUGCAUACUGGAAAGGCAAUCCUGCUGUUGCUGAAACCAGGAGGGAUCUGCUCAAGUGCAAUGUUUCAGAAAAGCAGGACUGGAAUGCACGCGUAUAUGCUCAGGACUGGGUUCAAGAAGAGAAGCAAGGGUACAAGAAAUCAGACUUAGCUAGUCAGUGCAUCCACAGGUACAAGAUUUAUGUAGAAGGAUCUGCAUGGUCCGUGAGUGAAAAAUAUAUUCUAGCCUGUGAUUCUGUUACGUUACUUAUAAAACCCCAGUACUACGAUUUUUACACCAGAGGUUUGAUGCCUCUGCAACAUUACUGGCCCGUAAAAGAUAAAGACAAAUGCCGAUCAAUCAAGCAUGCUGUUGACUGGGGGAAUACUCAUGAACAAGAGGCACAGGCGAUUGGUAAGGCAGCAAGCGAUUUCAUUCAAGAACAACUCAAAAUGGAUUAUGUGUACGACUACAUGUUCCAUCUCUUGAGUGAGUAUGCUAAGCUGUUGAAAUACAAGCCCACUGUACCUCGAAAAGCAGUUGAACUUUGUUCAGAGGCAAUGGCAUGCCCAGCUGAAGGAUUGACAAAGAAGUUCAUGUUAGAAUCUAUGGUUGAAGGCCCCUCAGACGCGAUACCUUGUAACAUGCCACCUCCAUUUGGCCCUGCAGGUCUUCACUCUAUUCUUGAUAGAAAAGAAAAUUCAAUAAAACAAGUUGACUCAUGGGAACAGCAAUAUUGGAAGAACAAAAGCAAACUACAACGAAGAUUUUAGUUUUUUUUUUUACAUGUAGUAAGGUACAUUUUUUCGUUAAGAGUUUGUUGUAUAAUCAUCUAACAUUAUAAUGGAGCACACGAACGAUAAACCUUGGUGUUGGGAUAACAUAUGUUAGGAGGAAAACAAUUCAGGAAGGAAGU